AUGGAUCCUCGUCAUAAGAAAAAGGAAACACCAAAUGCACCGAUUACUUCUGAGCUUGUACUCAGAUUGUCAGGCCAAGCCAACUUUGAAAGCAUAUCAAAGCUCUCCUUUCGGUCCAAAUCCAAUGCAAAAAUAAGGGUAAUCCCUAUAUAGAGAAUUGAAGGUUUAGAUUUGUGUAUAAAUCUUCAAGAGCUCGAUUUGAGUUAUCAAUUUAUUUCCAAAAUUGAAAACCUUGAUGCUUUAGUAAGGCUAAAAGACUUAAAUUUAAUGGAAAACAACAUAAAGAAAAUAGAAAAUCUUCAUACACUUCGAGAUCUUCAAAGCUUGAAUCUUAGCGGCAACCAUAUUACAGAAAUUCCUAAAUCAGCGAUUGAGCCACUAAAGCAGCUUCGAAUUCUCAAGCUGAAUAAAAAUAAAAUUUCGAAAAUUGAAGAAUUCGCAAACUUAAAUGCCCUUAUCAGUUUAGAAGAUUUAUCUUUAAACGGAAAUCCAGCUCUAAACCAGCCAGAUUCUGAUUUACAUGUAAUUUACUAUUUGCCUAGCUUGGUAGCUUUAGAUGGCAGCAAAAUAACGAACGCUACUAAGCAGCAAGCCAGUCGAAUGUUUUCAGGCCCUCCACCUGAGUCAUGGGUAGUUAGAGAAAAUAAAGUUACUUUUGUGAGAGAACUGAGUGAGGCUCAAGAAGAAAAAAGGGAACUUCAAGAAGAACUUAAAGGGGUUGAAAGACAAAUUGAUGGAAUAAAAAAUGAAUUAGAAAAUAUAGAAGCGGAAAUUGGGAAACUUAAGAGGGAAUUGGAAAGCAUUGAAAGCACGCUGCAAGGGGAUGCUAAUGAAAAAAUCAAUGUUAAGAAAAGGGAAAUGAAACUGCUGCUUAGCAAAGCAGAGAAGCUGAGGGAUGAGUCUGAAAAUUUGCAAAUGAAAAUUGGGAGUGCGAGGGAUUUGUCGCAGCAGAAAGAAGAGCAGCUGAUGGGGCUGAGAGAUGAAUUCGAUUUUGAUGAAAGUGAAAAUUCUCUUGAGAAUAAUAGAUUAUUAACUCCCUCAAGUAGUCCCACUCAUAGGUGAAUCACAAACUGAAUCUAUAUGCUGGCCCACCAAUAUAGCUCCUGGAUCUUUAAAGAUUCGCAUUGGGAACUAUUUUUGGCUCUGAGCCUGAAAUGACGAUUAAAAAAAGGCUUAACCAUCAUAUGGAGGAUUGACAAACCAAUCGUUUUUGUCACUUUUCAUGCACGAAAUGGCAGUAUACUUUAGGUGAAAAUUCAAAUAUUAACCCUAAAAGCAGCGACUAGGCCAAUCUAAAAGGGUUAAAUACCUGUCAUAUAAACUUUUUUGCAUUAAUAUAUUUGUCUAUCAGAAACAAUUAUAGUCUAUUAGGCUUUGAUAUGCAGCUUUAUAUUCUCUUUUUAUCACAAUUGUUGCACUUACUGAUAAACUUUUUAAUUUGCUCUCUUCUUCUAGCUCUCUCAUAACCAUUAAGAGCAUAAAAUAUUAUCAAAAAUAAUUAAUAUAAAAGCCAAAUGCAAUCGACAGAAUGCCAUUGUAUUUAUAGAGAAAAAUAGACAAAAGCUAGAAAGUGAUAUAUCAGAGCUUGCAGAAAUAAUUGCAGAGAUGGAAUAUCAAUAUGAAAAUGCCAUAUACAUAAAAUGGCGAUGACCUUUUGACCCUUUCUCUCGCGUGGCGGUUGCCAAUAUAUAUCCAGAAAUGGUUUUUGGAGCCAGGAGUUAGCCCAACAGUAUUGGUAUCCCAAAGCAAGGGACUUAAGUAACAAUCACUGUUUUGUAGUCUUAUCCAAUAGGGAGUUACUCGUGAUUUAUUUUUGCCAGCAGCACCUGAGCCGGCGGGUGCCGGAAAUGGAGUAGGGUCAAUUGCCUGCUCAAAUUCUCUAGUGGUCUGCCCGAAUCUGGAAGCUGUUGAGUAUUUAUUCAGGGAUAGCCUGGAAAAAGGGGAUGCAGACUAGACUAAACAGGAGAUCUCCAAUCAAGGGCUCCUAUUACAGAGGAGCAACACUGGUGGGGAUCAAGUUGGAAAUGGUGGUGCAGGGAAAGGUUUCGACCAAUAGGGCAACACCUCUACCAAGAAGCCAGGGGUUUUGGUAUGGGUCUGGGGUUGAAACUGCUUGAAGCCACCCAAUUCAAUUUUGCUGCCAGGGGGCUCUUGCCUAAGAGAAUGCCACCAAAAAGAAUCGGGGACCUAAAACACCCAUCUAAUAAUCUAAUCUAAAAUGAAAAUGUCAUUCAAGACUUUAAUGACGCAAAUAACCAAAUAAUCUCUACAAUAUCUAUAAUUAUUUUUAAAUAUUAUUAAAUAUUCCUAUUUGCACUAUGAAUAAAAUCACUCUUAUAUGUCUAAUAAUAAGUGCUUUAGAAAGUGAAAUAAUUGACCUGAAAGAAAGCUCAGGCUAUUCUGAUUCAACGCCUAGAUGAAAAGAAGAACCUGGAAGAUAUAGAAAAACCACAGGAGAUCUUAAAAGGCCGAGAUCUACCAAUCCGGACAGAAACUCAAAGACUUUUUCUAUCGAUAAAGACACUGAAAUCUCCCUAUGCCAGAGAAAAGAAGAAAUACUAAGCUUGAUCCCUGAGCUGGAAAUGAAAAAGCAAAGUCUGAAAAAUGACUUAUCAAAACUCACCAAAAAAAGAGUUGAUUAUAUUAAAAAUAUAGAAGAAAAAGAAUAUUUAAUAGAAGAUAGGCAGAGAAAAAUAGAAGAAUGUGACCAACUUCUAACCAAAUUCAGUAAAUCAAGCCCAAGUCCAAUAAGAUCUACAAACCACGCUAAAAAGAUGUGGGAAAGCUUAAAAACACUAUGAGGAUUAGUAAGUGAAAACCCAUGGGACGGAGAAUCAGAUGACAUUCCUAAAGCCAUUAUCCGUUGGGCUGAGAACAUGAAGGAUCAUUUAUCAAGAAAACUUUCAGGAAAUGAGCAAUAUGUAGAGCUUGCUGCCUCAAAAAGAAUUGAUGAAGCUACGAUUCAACAUUUGACCACAAAAUACCAAGAACUUGUCGAAGAGCUAAGCAAAAGGCCAAAUAUUGAAAAAUAUGAACAAGAAAUUUCCAAACUCAGCGCUAAGCUUGACGCUUAUAAAGAACAAGAAGAAAUUUCAAAAAAAAAUAAAAUUAAACUAGAAAAAGAGCUUCAGGAUACAAAAGAAAAGUUAACGCAAUUAGAAGGCCAAUGGUUGCUAAUUCCCCCUGUGUGAGCGAUUAAAAAAAUUUUGUUCGUUCGCAGAGGGUUAAUUUUUUUUAAAAAUAAAAUUUUGUAAAAUUUAUGUUUUGAAAUGUUUGUUUAAAAUUAUAAUAUUAAAUAUAUCCAAAUUUUUUCAUAAAAAAUUUUUUGUUCUCUCUCUGGAUGGGUUUUUUGGACAAAAGAUAGGGAUUUUUCCAAUGAUUUUGUUUUCUCGGAGUAAGUGAAAACAGGCUAAAAGAAUUCUCAGAAAAUGAAGAUGUAAAAAAUGCUCAGUCUAAAGUAGAAGAGCUCCUUGAAGAACAAAACCGAUUAAAAGAAAAAAUUAAACAGCUAGAAGCUGAAUAUGAGCUGAAAGAAGCCAGUGAAAAAGACAAGCUUUCCAAAAUGAAAGGAUAUUGUGAGCACAAAGCAGGACAAUAUCAAAGCUUGAUAGAAGACUGCGAAAGAAAAACCAAAGAGCUAGAAAAUCUCCAAGAAAACAUCAGAAAUCAAUCCUUACUAAAAGAUGAAUUAAAUGAAAAAAUUGAAAUUAUCAGAAAAAAUAAAUAUGAGCUGGAUUUAGAAGUCCAUACUGCAAGAAGCGAAAUAAGAGAUCUCAAAACUGUUAGAACUGCUGAAGAUGAAAGGGAUAGAGCAUUAAUUGCAAUAAGAAAAGUAGCUGAUUCAUUAGAAGUUGAAUUUAAUGCAAAUUCUACACCAGAUCUUUUUACAGUUGUUAGAGGCAUUGAACAAGCUAUAGCAGAACUUAAUGAAAAUAUGGAAAAAGUGGAAAGGUUUAAGGUUAAUAAAGAGAAAUUCGUAGAAAUGUAUGAAAGCAACACAAAAGAGCUGCAAGAAGAGUGGGAAUCACUCAAGCUAGCAAAAGAUCAGAUUGAAAAAGAAAAACUGCAAAUUGAUAUGAUAAGGUCUGAAAAACGUACCCUAGAUGAGCAAGUUAGACAGCUAAAUCAAGCCACUAACGAACUGCAAAAGCUUAAAGCUAGCUUAGAAAGAGACAACAUCAAGCUAGAAGAGCACUCAUUUUCACUCAAAGAUUCAAUCAAAUCUUAUGAAGACCUCCGAGAAAAAACUCUUCGGGAUUACCAGCACAUCCAAUCCAUCCACGACUCUGAAGCCAAAAAAUAUGAAGAUUUAAUGAGUGACAUCCAAACUGCCAAAAAUCACUAUAAGCAGCUAAAAUCAGACCGAAUAGACUCUGAAGCUGAACUAAAUAACAUAAAAUUCCAAGCUGCUAAGCUUGAAGAUCGCACAAAAAAUUUAGAUCUAGAAAUCAAAGAACAAGAAAAAUUGCUUCUCAGGCUAAAAAACAAGCAAACUGAUGAGCAGGUCGUAGUCUACAGAGAACUAGAAAAUAUCAAACAACUGAUCGCUGACAAACAAAAAGAAGUCCAUAAUUUGCAGUCUUUAAUAAAUGACUGUUCAGCACAGCUGGCAAGAAAAGAAGAAGAUGCGUUAUUUAUAAAGAAAAAAAAUGAAGCCGAUUUACUAGAAAGAGAACUUAUAGAAUCUGCAAUAAAAAAUCGGCAGCAAGUAAUGAAAGAAAUUGAAGGCAAAAUCGAGAACGCAGAAACUACAUUUAGCAGAAUCCAACAAGAUGUGGACCUUCUAAGCCAAAAUUUCGCCCAGAAAAACCGAAAAAUGGCACAAUUAGACUCAGAUUUAGAACAAAAACAAAGCGAGUACGAAAGGCUGAAAAAUAGACUGGAGACUUCUACACAAGAGCUCAAAGCGUUAGAAGAAAUCAUAAGGAACAAUAAAUUAGAGCUCAGAUCUAUUGAUGAAACUAUCGUCAAUAAAAACUAUGAAGCUGACACUGUCCUGCACCAGCUGAACCAGAAAAAACAAGAGCUUAAUAACACUGAACGAGUGCUAAUAGAAAAGCAAAACUUGCUUGUAAAUGAAGAACAGAGACUUGAUGACAGCAAAGACCAAAGACAAACUGAAGAAGAAACUGUCAAUGUUCUUAAACAGCAAGCGCAAUCUCUCAGCACCAGAGUAGCCAAACUAACAGAAACCCUUGAAAGGGUUGAAGCUCACAAGCACCAAGUUUUAAACGAAAUUGAAAUAAUUAACCAAAAAAUGAACAAAGAAGAAGCAAAACACAAAAGUGAGCUCGAGCAGCUGCGAAAUGCCAUAGGUAAUGGAGAACAAACACUGAGGCAGCUUAUGGAAUCAGUACAGAGGUGUAGAAAUAAACUGGCUCACGAUAAAGAAGAAGUCCUGCAAAUCACGAGCGAAAUUGAAAAUUUGCAUAAGGUAAAAGAAGAAGAGGAAUCUAAAGGAAAAAAUCUGAAAAAAGAGAUAGCAAGUUUGCAAAACCAAAUUGAUAAAUUAAAACAAGAAGAAGACACUGCAAUGGUUUUACUUGCGCUGAGUGGACAUAGGAUUGAUGAGAGUGUGAGGCAGAGGAUUCAUAAACUUUGUCAGUCUGCCCUGGAGCUUGAAAGCGUGAAAGCUCAGCUGGCAGAAAUCCAACAAAAAGAGUACAGAUAUAAAAAAUCGACCCCAGCGCUGGAAGAGCUAGAAAAUACUGCACUUUAUAGCCAAAAACAGUCUGAAAUUAGACCAAUCCAAAUUUUAGAAGAAACUGCAGGUGGUGAGUAUGAAACAGAAGAGGUCAGGAAAAUUCUGCAUAACCUUGAAGUUACGAGAGAAAGGCUCAGGUCUCUGACCCCAGCUAACGAGCAAUCAUAUGAACAAUAA